AUGUAUCAGCAUUUGCACUGCCUUCCUUCUUUUUUCUGCCGCGAGCCGAGGCCACUGCGCGUGGCGGGCCGUAGUUGCCAAGGCGAGCGCUGGGAAAGGCUCCAUGGAUCCUUGUUGGAAGCCUCGCGCAAUGAGGAGUUCUUGCGAGACUUCAGUCCUGCGAUGUUUGAGCUGACACAGUAUGAGAUUUUUGAGUGGUUCAAAGCCAACUACCGUGACUGCGUGGAAGGGCUGCUGUCUAUGGUUCUGUAUUUGUCCUUGGUGAUGGAAGAGCGUCGUGCCUCACUCUUGGAUCUGGCCAGCCGUGCGGCACGCGAGCUCAAUCCUCUGGCGCUGCGCUCGGGGCAAUCGUCCUGGCCCUUCUUCGGGCUUUUGGGGCAGCUACAGCUCGUCUGGCAAGGCGGUCAGCAUGCUGCGCCGCUCUUGACCGAUCCUUGGCGGCUUCCGCCGGGCAAUUGUCCGAAGCCCUUGCCGCCCGUUCUGCAUCCAUUUCGAAAGGGCGAGACUUUGGGCAACCUUGGUGCUGCCUGGGGUUGGUCGCAAGGUCCUUCGCCUGUGGAUGAUUUUGCCAACAACUCCGUCUUGAGGCUCGCGCGGAACCUGAAGCCUGGCUCGCUUUUGAUCGACGCAGGUGUCUUUGAUGGAACGGAUUGGUCCUUGAUGGGCAUCCUGGCGGGAGCCACCGUGCUGGGCUUCGAGCCCUUGGCCGAGAAUCGGAAGCUCAUCAGCGAUCGCUUGCCCGUGCGGCUGGGGGAGCAGCGUCAGCAUGGACGAGGAGAAGAAGCUCAUACGUUUCUACAGAUUGAGCCUGGAGAGUCAGUACCACGUGAAGACUGGACAACCAUAUUUCGGCGCACAAGUCGCAGCAGUGGUCACAGCUACAUCAUGGCUGCCGCUCUUGGGGAACGUGUGCGUUCGUUGAAUAUGACUACCAGAUAUGACUAUAGCAGCAUCUCAGAUCAGGGAUACCUCACUGGACCUCCAAAUAUGGAAGUCGAAGAAAUUGCCAUGACAACACUGGAUGAGAUUAUCUAUACAUACUUGCCUUUUGAUCAUGUCGAGCUACUGAAGCUUGAUGUGGAAGGCUAUGAGAUGGGCGCCUUGCGUGGUGCCGAAGGCUUGCUCGCGUCAGGGCGCAUCCGCUUCUUGGUGAUGGAGUUCCACCCAGGCAUGCUUGGAAGCAGCGGGACAGAUCCAGAAGGACUCCUGCAUUUCCUUCACCACUAUUGCUUUCGUUGCUUCUCCUUGAAGAUCGAGCAAGCCCAGAGCUUCAGUCAUUUCGUGGCGCGCUACGUCACGCCCGAAGCCACUCCCUUGCAGGGACUUGGCCAGCUGGAGGAUUUGGUGUGCGAAAACUUGGCUUUCAAGUGA